UGGUAUUACAUAGAAACUUGCUGGGUGGAAUUGCUCUUACACAAUAAAGUAUAACGAAUUCGCGACUAAAAACAGCCUCUGCCAUUAGCCGAGCAGGUGCAUUGUGAGGAAAUGGAAGUGGCAGGGAGGAAACCCUAAGCAGGUAGAUGACGUCAGCGCGAGCAUAAGGAUCUAAUCUAUAGGAAAGUCUUCCUGGCCUCGUCCCAAACGAAUAAAUACUAUUGUGUUAUAUUGUACAUUGGAAACUUCAUGACCAUACCCUACUUUAUAGGGUGGUAUGUGGGUUUGGACGUUGCCCAUCUAUUGUAUCUAUUGUUCCUUUAUAGGCCUGGAGGAGAGCGGAGGGAGACCUCUGAUGACGUGUUUAGAGAGAACAGCAUCAUACACAAAAAAGGAAGAGCAAAAGAGAAGAAAAGAAAUAAUACCGCGCCUUAUGCAAUUUUUUGUGCACUUUUUUUGUACGUAUCAGAUUUUGGAACUGCAGAAGUCUUUUUUUUUUUUUUUUUUAUCGAGCAUUAAUUUAUUAAUUUAUUAAUUAAUGAAACCAGCCUCCCCCUCGCUUCUCUUCAGCAGACGUAAACAGCUUCACCUCCACAUCCGCAUCCUCGUUACAUCGCGUUAUUUAAGAUACAGGGAUGCAGACUGAAGAAUGGUUCAAAUUAUCAGGUUUGAGGAAUUGCAUUUACAGCUCGUGUGAAGGACAAUAUAUGUAGAAGAGGGGAAAAAAACAGCCUGCUGGUUGAGUGCGGGUUGUCUGGCAGCGGCGCAGGUGUUGAAGCGGAUGCUGAGGCGGCGGAUGGGGUGAGUCUGGAGGGAGCGGAGCGCUCCACAAGCGGGCUGCUCCUGAGUGAGGGUCCGCUACAGCUGGAACGCUGAGCGGGAAUAAUGCAGACGGACACAGCGGACGGAGAGGAGCCCAUUCUGCCCGGGACUGGCAGGGAAGAGCAACGUCCAGUGAAGCAGUCCCUGGCUAGCUCUCUGUGUCGGGAGUCACAUUGGAAGUGUCUUCUCCUCACGCUGCUUAUGUAUGGAUGCUUUGGCACCCUGACCUGGUGUGGAUUAUGCAAGGUUCCUGUUCUCACUGUCCCUGUUGAACUUGCAGCUACAGUAUUGGAAAAUGAAGACCAGUCUACAACGUCAGCUGCUGGUAACUCCUACAUCCCUGAUGAGUUGGCUCUGGAUAGCCCUUGUUCAAGUGGCUAUGUCUACAUUCCUCUGGCCUUUUUGGCUAUGCUAUAUGUGGUCUACUUGGUGGAGUGCUGGCACUGCUACUCCAAAACUGCCAUGCUGGCUCAAGCAGAGGUUGCGGAAGUGUAUGAGCGUGUGCAGAGACUUCAGCAGGCUACGCCAUGUAUCUGGUGGAAGGCGAUUAGCUACCAUUAUGUACGAAGGACCAGACAGGUAACACGCUACCGGAAUGGGGAUGCAUAUACCACCACACAGGUGUACCAUGAACGGGUAAACACACAUGCAGCAAGUUCAGAGUUUGACUAUGGCAGGCUGGGAGUAAAAGAUGUCUCAAAGGAGCUAAGAGGCCUAAUGGAUAAUCCAGCAGUGCGUCUGCGCUUUACAAAGUGCUUUAGUUUCUCCAGUGCUCGAGCAGAGGCUGCCUACCUAACACAACGUGCACGGUUCUUUGGGGAAAAUGAAGGCCUUGAUGACUACAUGGAAGCACGGGAAGGAAUGCACCUAAAAAAUGUUGACUUUCGUGAACAUAUGCUGGCCUUCCCUGACCCCGCUCGGCAGCCCUGGUACGCACGCCGGAGAAUAUUUUGGCUUGCUUCAGCUUUGCUGCUGUCAUGGCCACUUCGUGUUGUGGCUGAAUAUCGCACUGCAUAUGUGCAUUACCAUGUGGAAAAGCUGUUCGGCGAUGAAGAUGACAGCAGCAGAGGAGAUGGAAGUGAGAAUGGAGUUCUCAAUGAGAAUGUAAGUGGACCUGGAGGAGGUGGUAUCGGAUCAAGCUACCGUGCCAUUUCCCGUGUUAACACUGUUGACAUGACGGAACUUGAGUGGCACAUUCGCUGCAAUCAGCAAAUGGUUCCAAGCUAUUCUGAGGCACUGUUGAUGGAUCCUGGUUUGGAUGGUAACCAAGGCACUAACCCUCCUCCUGCUGGGACAAACUCUAACACGGGAGGUCCUGCGCUGCCGGUGGCCUUUGCCUCAGCCUACCUGCUCCAGAGCUGCCCCCGCUGUCGCCGUUCCACUAGCAGCAUGUCACUCCCUUCCAGGCUGAGAGGCCCUACAGCUGCCUUGCUAACUGGCACUGUGGCUGGUAUGAGGGCUAGUGGAGCAGGAGGUGCUACUGGAGGUCCAGGCAGGCUUGUUCUGAGCAGAAGUGGUUUUUCAUUGGGCCGUCUCCAGGCAACACGUCCCACAUCUCUGUUCCAUUCUCGCAGUGUGGGUGGAGGUCUAGGAGGAAGAGGGGAGGAGGGGAGUGCUGCAGGAGCAGGAGGUGGAGGGUUUCUUGGUUUAGGCUCAAGACAGGAUGAGGAAAGCAGAGGGGUGCUAGAGGGAGAAGGGGAGGAGGAAGAAGAACAGGGUAAUGAGGAGGCUGGGGAGGAGGAGAGAGAAAGACAAGAAGAGGAAGCAGAGCAUCCUGAAGAUAGCAACAGAGAGGAAGGGAGAGAGGGUGAAAGGGAUCGACCUCCUGCAUAUCAGGAUGCUUUUUUCUUCCCUGUGUUAAUAGUGCAUGGAGAGGAGAGUUGUCACACAGGUGAGGACAUCUCUUAAACGGAGCGACCCCACCAAAAAAGGAAAAAAUGAGAGGAAGACUACUUAAAAAUAGAGGUAGCACUGCUUUUCUAGUAUGGGAUAUGGGACAGUAAGAACUUGUUGUCAGGGUGUAACGCUGUGUAAAGUAGGUUGGAGAUAUGACUCAUUAUAUCUAUGCAAGAUUGAGAAAUGUCCGGUAAAAUAAGUGACAGAUACUCAAAUUCUUUCUCCAUUUGUCAUACUUCAAUAGGAAGUAUAUUAUAGAAAAACGAAGACCAAGAAAGAUUAAAUAAAACAGUUAAAGAAUAAAUAUAUAAAAUCUUUCUGUACAUUUUCCAAACUACAUACAUCACAGAAAUCAUAGCUAUCAUAAUACAGCAUUUCUAUUUCUGGUUUUCCAGUAUCAAGUAUCAGGUACAACAGAAUCACCAUAAUGUCAGCCUUGGAACCCAAAUGGAUCACAGUCUUCUGUAAGACACCACACCUGUGCAUGUAACUUAACGUUACCUCAGCCUAUGUGCUAACAACAGACUUGUAAUUACAGUGUAUUCCAUUUUUCAGCAAUGGACCCUGACCUCCAUCUGUCCAGCUUAGUCUGAUCUGAACAUCUUCAAAUAAUCUUGCUUUGCAUGCUGUUUGCUGAGGUGUGGUCAAAGCAAGAUGACUUUUCGGAGUGAACUGUUAAACAUGUUUUGGAGGUUUGGCUUAAGGAGAAAUGCGUGUUUUAUGUCUGUCAUAUAGAUUGGACCAAGACUACUCAUUUAAAAUGAGGAGACUAUAUUCUGGACAUGGCUCAGUACUUAGCUGAUUUCGAAAAGCGUUGAGUUUUAUAUGAUGUAAGCUUUCUCACAUCACUUUGAUCUAGUUAAGCACAUUAUGUUUUGGAAACAUUUGCUAUAUUAACAAGUUUAUUUGUUCUGUAGUGUUAUCACCGGUUUUGCCUCAUGAAGGGCUUUGCUCAGCUACUAUGCCUCACAUAGACACCUUGUUUUAUGGAAAUUUAUGGUGCACCCAUACAACACAUGCCUUCCAACAUAGUUUCUGUAUUUGUCUCUCAUAUUAUGUAACAUGAGCAUGAUCCAGCUAAUCAUUAAUGAAAGGUGGUUAGUGUGCCAAGAAAUACUUACUGAUUGCUCAUAAUUGUACAAAUCAGUGGCUAUUCUCAUUUUGUAUAUAGGACUUUUACCAAACUUUUUUUUUUGUUGCACAGGUGAUUUCAAAGCCAUAAUUUUAGUCACUCGAUCCUACAUGCUAGAUUUGUUUCGAGUAUUUUUAUGUUUGUAUGUAUAUUUGAUGCCUUUCUAUAUUUUGUGCUUAUAGAUCUGGGACUAACAUUAUAGUUCCAGUAUGUCAUUUUUCAAACUCUAUUAUUUGUCAUAGGAAAACUUUUACUUGAUUUUCACUCAAGAAAAAAAUAAUCGAAACAAAAACACACAAAACCAAUGCUUUUAAGCUUAAGCUUUACUGAUAGUUAGAACUUCGAACACAUCUAUUCACAGUCAUUCAUUCAGUUAUGUGUAUGGACAUGCCCUCUUUUAAAAACAUGCAGUUUACUUCCCAAUGGCACUCAUAGGCUACCAUAUCUGGGAAUAAUUAUAAAGGGUAAAAACUCAACGCUCUUUUGUUAGAAUGUUCUGCGAUACAUCAUGAAUGUUGACUACGUUGAUGUUUAAGUUAGAAAUGACAGUGGGAAGAUAUGACACAAGCAUUUAGACCAGAGGUUUUGCUUCACAUAUAUAAAGACUUAAACUAAAGCCACACUUCACAAGUCUAAUUAAACUUCAGUUGAUUAAUUAAUUAACAUUCCAGUGCAGACAACAAUUGAUUGUUAUUUGUGGUUGUGGAGUUGAUAUACAAGAGUCAGGCAGCUGAAUGUGUUUACGUAUGUAGAUGUUUAAAAGAAAAUGUGUGUGAAUAUGUUCAUUUCGAUUCCAUUACAAGGUUACUUGGGAAAGGGUGAUAAAAAACAAGAAACAAACAAAAAAAUAAAGCAAAACAAAAACUACGAAGCAGUCAAUCAAACAGCUUCAGUUACUUUCAAAACUGUGUGUAACCCAGCAGAAACAGUAGUUUCCACUUUGGGAGAAUGUGUUGAACAUUGUUAGUGAUUGUGCAGUAUGAUUCAUCUGGAAUGGAUGGAUAGGCUAUACCAUAUCCCUUUAAAGAAAAUAAAACUCAAAUAGCAAGUGAAUAGCUACAAUAACACCUCACACAUCAUACAAUGAGGUAACUUGUUCUAUUGUAGCAAAGUUUGCUGAUUUGAAAUGAAUCAGUUCGAGAGAUGAUGAUGAUGAUUAUGACAACUGAUAAUGACAUUAUUUAUGCUAUAAUAAAAACAGACUGCUUGAUUUGAA